AUGGCCACAGUUGAGGAAAAAACGACGCCUAUUUGUUGUCAAAAACCUGCUCCUAUUGCAACCUCUUCUAAUGAUCCUCCUCCCAAAACCGCUUCUACCAAAGAAUUAAAAGAUAGAAAAAAAACCAUUUCCUCUGACAUAGGUAUUACAGUAAUGGCGAGAGCUCAAACUUGCCAUCCUUUGGAUCCUCUUCUUGCUGCUGAAAUAUCCGUAGCUGUAGCAACUGUUCGAGCAGCCGGAGCAACACCUGAGGUGAGGGAUAGCAUGCGCUUCAUCGAAGUAGACUUGGUAGAACCAGAAAAGCAAGUUGUUGCAUUAGCAGAUGCAUACUUCUUUCCUCCAUUCCAGCCCUCGUUGCUCCCUAGGACAAAAGGCGGACCUGUGAUUCCAUCGAGACUUCCUCCAAGGAAAGCGAGAUUGGUUGUCUAUAACAAGAAGUCAAAUGAGACAAGCAUAUGGAUUGUUGAACUAACAGAAGUUCAUGCAACAACUCGCGGUGGACAUCAUAGGGGAAAAGUGAUUUCUUCUACCGUUGUUCCAGAUGUUCAGCCUCCGAUGGAUGCGGUGGAGUAUGCUGAAUGUGAAGCUGUUGUAAAGGACUUUCCUCCAUUUCGAGAGGCGAUGAAGAAGAGAGGAAUUGAAGAUAUGGAUCUUGUGAUGGUGGAUCCUUGGUGUGCCGGAUAUCACAGUGAAGCUGAUGCUCCAAGCCGCAGACUUGCUAAACCGCUAUUCUUUUGUAGGACUGAGAGUGACUGUCCUAUGGAAAAUGGCUAUGCCCGUCCGGUUGAAGGGAUACAUGUACUGGUUGACAUGCAAAAUAUGGUUGUCCUAGAGUUCGAAGAUCGUAAACUUGUCCCCCUACCACAAGCCGAUCCUUUAAGAAAUUAUACUUCUGGUGAAACUCGAGGAGGAGUUGACCGAAGUGAUGUGAAACCCUUACAGAUUAUUCAGCCGGAUGGUCCAAGUUUUCGUGUUAAUGGACACUUCGUUCAAUGGCAGAAGUGGAACUUUCGUAUUGGAUUCACUCCUAGGGAGGGUAUGGUUAUUUAUUCAGUAGCAUAUGUUGAUGGAAGUCGUGGUCGAAGGCCUGUGGCCCACAGGUUGAGUUUUGUUGAGAUGGUCGUCCCUUAUGGAGAUCCAAAUGAUCCUCACUAUAGGAAAAACGCAUUUGAUGCCGGGGAAGAUGGCCUCGGUAAAAAUGCUCAUUCACUCAAGAAGGGUUGUGAUUGUUUAGGCUAUAUCAAGUACUUCAAUGCGCACUUUACAAACUUUUAUGGAGGCGUCGAAACUAUAGAGAAUUGUGUUUGCAUGCAUGAAGAAGAUCAUGGUAUGUUAUGGAAGCAUCAAGAUUGGAGAACAGGUUUAGCUGAAGUUCGACGGUCAAGAAGGCUAACAGUAUCUUUUGUAUGCACUGUGGCUAACUAUGAGUAUGGAUUUUACUGGCAUUUUUAUCAGGACGGAAAAAUAGAAGCUGAGGUCAAGCUCACAGGAAUUCUCAGCUUAGGCGCAUUGCAACAAGGAGAAACUCGAAAAUAUGGCACAACUAUUGCACCUGGAUUAUAUGCGCCUGUCCACCAACACUUUUUUGUUGCUCGUAUGGAUAUGGCAGUUGAUUGCAAGCCCGGUGAAGCAUUUAAUCAGGUCGUUGAGGUGAACGUCAAAGUUGAAGAGCCGGGAAAGAAUAAUGUUCACAACAAUGCAUUUUAUGCUGAGGAAAAACUGCUUAAAUCAGAGUUAGAAGCAAUGCGUGAUUGUGACCCUUUAUCUGCUCGUCAUUGGAUUGUUAGGAACACGAGGAGUGUGAACCGAACCGGUAAUCUAACUGGUUACAAACUAGUUCCUGGUUCAAAUUGUUUACCUUUAGCCGGAUCAGAGGCUAAGUUUUUGAGAAGAGCAGCUUUCUUGAAGCACAAUCUUUGGGUUACUCCUUAUGCACGCGACGAAUUGCAUCCUGGUGGAGAGUUCCCGAAUCAAAAUCCCCGCGCUGGAGAGGGUUUGGCUACUUGGGUUAAGCAAAAUCGAUCACUGGAAGAAGCUGAUAUAGUUCUUUGGUAUGUAUUUGGGGUGACACACAUUCCUCGGCUGGAAGACUGGCCUGUAAUGCCCGUGGAGCACAUUGGUUUUAUGCUCAUGCCACAUGGGUUUUUCAACUCAUCACCAGCAAUAGAUGUUCCUCCAAGCCCAAGUGAUUUGGAUGACAAGGAGAAUGGCAUGCCUGCCAAGCCUAGUCAGAAUGGGCUAAUUGCCAAGCUUUGA